AUGGCGAUCACCGGUGAGAACAGCUGCGGUGAUGAUGACGACGAUGCACUUUACGCCGCCACCGAGAUGCUGGAGGCCAGAACGGGACUAGAUUUUCUAGUUUCCGUGCUCUCCCAUGAAAAAGAGAAGCCAGGUCCCGUCGCCUCAGUAGCAAACACUGGUGAAGCGUCUGGCCUCUGCCGCGGAGACGAUCGUCCCCAGCCCGCGCAUACUGCUAAGCCGGCCGUGCCGUCAGCAGCCGGACCGAGCGUCCGCUUGCCAUCUCGUGCGUCGUCGUCGAAGCCUUCGCCUCGUUACAAGCAGGCCGUGACGGUGGCAAGUGUGGCAAGAGUGGGCUGGGCACGGUGCAACCGAUCUUCAGACCCAAGCCUUCAAGCGGCAUGCCGCGACGAACAAGCACCAGUUGGCCAUCAAUCACCAGAAGCAGAUGCUAGCUCAGGCUGGGAUGCGCGGCUGUCGGACCUCAUGCGCAUGGCAUUGCUGCCGUACGAGCCCGACUGGGCGGAGGUGGUGAAGAUCUGGAGGGCGUACAAGAAGCGCAAGCCCAUCACAACAGUGGCAGCACCAAAGAAGCAACCUAGUGCUAAGGUGAAAGAGAAGGUGGACGAGGAUGCUGCUGGUGGUGCUGGCUCUGGGUGGGGGACAGAGACCCCCGUGCACAGGCACGGUUCUAUGAGCGAUGGUGGUGGUAGUGACGAAGAUGAAGACAUGUGUGUGAUGUGA